CCUUCACUCUUUCCAUCUCCACCACAAAAUCAUGGAAUCUCUAUCUAUUAACUCUCCAAAAAACGAUGAUUUGGAUCCAUGGGAUGCAAUAAACUCUUUAGAUGAUACGCAUCGCCAGGAAGGAAUUGAUGCAGGAUAUAAAGAUGGUCUGAUUUCAGGAAAAGAAGAUGGGAAACAAGUAGGCUUAAAAUUAGGGUUCGAAGUUGGAGCAGAAUUAGGGUAUUAUCAAGGUUGUUUAGAUGUUUGGAACUCAGCUAUUAAAAUUGAACCCAAUUGUUUUUCAUCUAGGAUUCAAAACAAUAUCAAACAGAUGACUGAAUUAAUCAAAACAUAUCCAGUUUUUGAUCCUGAGAAUGAGAAGGUUCAAGAGAUUAUGAAUGCUUUGAGAUUGAAAAUUAAAGUUAUUUCAGCUACAUUGUCAAUGAAAUUGGAGCACGGAAAGAGCCUUGAUUUUUGACGAGGAGAUUAUCGCUUUCUCAUAUAUGGUAUAAUUUGGCUUCCUAGCUUUAUUUGAUAAUUUGGUAUUACUUUAUGAAUUUGUGUGUUCACGGAUUAGUCCUUAUGUGAUCAAGAGUUAUGAAUUUAAUAUACCAGUUUAUGUUGUUUGUAGUAAUUGAUGUCAAUACAAUACUAUGAAGUGAUAAUAUUGUUGUUUUUAACUUACACAAUAUAUUUUUCGUUAUUUAUUGUGGUC